AUGGGUAGCGACGUGCAGACAGAAAAGCGGCAGCUCACGAUCAAGACAGGCGUCGUACAGCGAUUGAACAAGGAACUGGGUCUGUACAAACAAGAGGCCGAUGAGCAGGCUGUGCGCGUGAAAGACUAUGUCGACCAAGGCAGGGACGAGUGGGACAUCAGGAAGCAGGAGGAAAUUUUGCGGGACUGCGAGCAAAUGAUUCCAGACACAACGCGUCGACUCAAGGAUGCCACGACGGAACUCCACACCUACAUGACCGGUGUUAGCGAAGCAGCUAGGCAGACAGACGAGUGGCACAAAGCUGAUAAGGCCCUGGCUGCCGUGCCGUAG